CUGGGUUACCUUGCGAGUGAACACUCCCAGUCGCACACUUGCACACUCUGCUCUCCUCUCCACCACCCAGCACCUUGCCAGUCAUCUCGAGCCCCACCCUCCGCCUAUCGAGGCCAUCUACGAACUGUGUGCCGGUACAUUGACUGAUUUUAUCUGGAACAGAUGUAUUACAACCUGAAAGCACUGAUCAAGGCCAUCAGGGCUACCAAGACUCUGGCCGAUGAACGAUCUGUUAUUCAAAAGGAGAGCGCUGCGAUUCGGACUAGUUUCAAGGAGGAGGAAACUGCCUACAGGUACAAUAAUGUAGCGAAAUUACUCUAUAUUCACAUGCUCGGUCAUCCGGCUCAUUUUGGUCAGAUAGAGUGUUUGAAACUGGUUGCCCAACCAAGGUUUGCGGAUAAACGGCUGGGCUACCUUGGUAUUAUGCUGCUCUUGGACGAAAGCCAGGAAGUGUUGACACUGGUGACCAAUAGUUUGAAAAAUGACAUGAACCAUUCCAACAUGUACAUUGUCGGUCUUGCGCUCUGUACGUUUGCCAACAUCAGCUCCGAAGAAAUGUCACGGGACUUAGUGAAUGAGGUGGAGAAACUGAUCGGAAGUAGCAAUACCUACAUUCGUAAGAAGGCCGCUCUUUGUGCCACCAGAAUCAUCAAAAAAGUGCCCGAAUUACUCGAUCAUUUCAUCACCAAAGCGACCUCGUUAUUGUCGGAUCGGAACCAUGGCGUCCUACUCUGCGGUGUUACGUUAGUCACCGAAAUGUGCGCACUAGAUCCAGAGGCCCUUCAGACUUUUCGAAAGGCAGUCCCCUUGUUGGUUCGGCAUCUGAAGGCACUCGUUACAACUGGCUAUUCACCUGAACACGAUGUAUCAGGUAUCACCGAUCCAUUCCUGCAGGUCAAAAUCCUACGACUUUUGAGGGUACUGGGCAAAGGAGACUCUCAUGCCAGUGAAACGAUGAAUGACAUUCUGGCCCAGGUUGCUACAAAUACUGAAGCAGCUAAGAAUGUUGGCAACUCAAUCUUGUAUGAAGCUGUACUCACCAUCUUGGAAAUCGAAGCUGAAUCUGGUCUACGAGUGAUGGCUAUCAACAUACUGGGGAAGUUUUUGGGCAAUAGAGAUAACAAUAUUCGUUACGUAGCUUUGAACACACUCAACAAGGUCGUCGGCAUAGACACAAACGCCGUCCAACGCCAUCGAACCAUCAUUCUUGACUGUCUGCGUGACGGUGACAUAUCCAUCCGACGACGAGCUCUAGAACUCUCAUAUGCGCUUGUCAAUGAACAAAAUGUCAGAGUCAUGAUCCGGGAACUCUUAGCCUUCCUUGAAGUUGCGGAUAAUGAGUUCAAACUCGGAAUGACUACUCAAAUCUGCCUUGCUGCCGAGCGAUUUGCACCCAACAAACGGUGGCAUAUUGAUACAAUGCUGAGAGUUCUAAAACUGGCUGGUAAUUACGUCAGAGAGGAAGUUUUGUCAGCGUUUGUUCGUCUAGUUUGUCACACCCCCGAGCUCCAAGCAUACACGACUCAAAAGCUUUACUUGGCACUGCGUCAAGACGUAUCUCAAGAAUCUUUAACAUUGGCCGGCCUAUGGGUGAUCGGAGAGUUUGGUGAAAUGAUGCUCAAAAGCCACGGGGGCGGUGUCGCAAUGGAAUCAGAAGAGGCCAUUCCAGAAGUUCACGAUACAGACAUCAUUGAAUUGAUUGAUCUUGUUCUACUUUCGCCCUAUCCCAAUCAAACAAUUAGACAGUUCUCAUUAACUGCAUUGGCAAAGCUAUCUUCACGACUCUCUCCAUCGUCUUAUGCGCAAUCAACCAUCACCCAAAUUCUUGCCAGGUUUACAUCCUCCGCCGAAUUAGAAAUCCAGCAACGGGCUGUUGAGUUCAGCCAGCUUUUGACAAUGCAUGAAAUCAAGACCGGUGUGUUGGAGAGGAUGCCGCCCCCCGAACUGAAGGCCUCGGUCAUGGGUACUGUUAGUGAAAAGCGAGCAGUCGGAUCUACCCGAGUUGACAAGGAUUCACUAGUUGAUUUGAUGGGAGACGAGAUUACCACUUCUCCAACCAGGGGCGAGGCGGCUGGAGGGGUAACCACUCAAACUACGCAAGAUUUAUUAGCCGACAUCUUUGGUGGAGCAGGUGACGUCACUUCACCAGUAGCUAGUCAGCCACCAAAGUCUUCAGUCAACGACAUCCUCGGAUUGUUUGGUGGCGAGUCUACACCGACAGCUCAGGCUCCUCCUUCAUCUUCAAUGUUUGGCGGUGAGCUUUUGGGAAGCGGGACCGCCGAACAACUCCCCGUGCUUCCAAGGAGUUACAUCGCAUACGACCAGAACGGAUUGCAGAUCUCUCUCGUGCCACAAAAGGCGCCCAACACCAAUAACAUCCUCGAUGUCACAGCCCAAUUCGUCGCUAAUGGGCUAGGCCCAAUACAAAACGUCGUCUUUCAAGCUGCUGUACCCAAGACGCAAAAAUUGAAAAUGUUGGCGAUAUCCAAUUCAGACAUCAGUCCUGGGAUCACAGAGACACAGCAACUCAAAAUCAUGUUCACCCCAGGUGCAACAAUUCGAUUGAGAUUGAGAAUAUCAUACACCAGCAAUGGAGAAGCCAAGCAAGACCAGACCGACUUUAGUUUCCCUGCUUCAGUGACUGCAUAAGCAAUAUAGAAAACAACACAUCUACAUACUUUUUUUUUCUUCUUCUUUUUCCGUAUUAUCUUUAUCUAUCGUAAGUUUGAUUGUAUCGCUUUGUAAAAAAAGAGGAUAUUUUUUUUGUUGGUUGGUUGGUUGAAUUUAAGCGCAAGUAUGAUCAAAAGAAAAGCUCAGAUUUCACUCAUGAAUAUGAAGAAUACCUAUGAAGAAGUUUGCCCUAUGUACUUCACUUUGUGUCUUUAUGUUCACCACAUCACUCACGGGGGCAGUAAAAUCAAAGUCUCAAUCAAGUACACCAACAGCUUUUGUUAAGGGGUUUCUCUCAUUUUGUGCAUCUUUAUUAUUUUGCUGCAAUCAUUGAGAAUAGGAAG